AGUCGUCUCUCAUGUGCUCCUUAGAAGGUUCAGUGACAGACGAUGACAGGCCUCCAAUCCCCGUGUUCACGUACUCGCCCCGCCCCUGUCCAGGCUCACAGUCGCGCCCCCUCCGGGCAGCUCGGAGUGCGGGAUGCCGAGCUGCCUGCCGCCCCGUUAUCGGCUCUUGGACCUCUUAUUCGCGCUGUGCGGGACGGUGGCCUUCCUGUGGGACCUCGGCACCGAUGUGUGGAGCGCCGUGAGCUACUAUAAGUCCGGGGACCCCGUGUUCGCUGCCCUGCACUUCGGCCUGUACGUCGUGUCCUCCCUUGUGCUGCAGCUCCUUAGCUGGGGCUGGUUCUGGGCUGACUGGAAGGACUGGGCGGCUGAGGCUACCAGUGAAAGGAAGGCAGCCAAUGGGCACCCAGGAGUGAAUGGGAUGAAGAGUCCUGAGGGGACAGAAGAGAGGGGAUGCUCUGUGGAUGCGGCUGUGUGUAUGGAUGAGCAGCCAACAGAUGACACAGCCUAUCACCACGAGUCCGUACUACAAGCUAAUGGGGACACCCAGCAAGCAACUGUCACCACAGGGGCACCAAUGCCUCACACUCCACCACAGGGACCUGAGGAUGAAGAGCCCGCAUUUCUUACUAAUUUCUAUACCUCCAGCAUCUGGCUGCGGCCCCCCUGCCUCUCUAUACUCCACGUACUCCAGUUAGGGUACCCGUUUAGGUGUCUACAUUCGCUGGAAGUGGGGAUAGCUGCAUACAGAAGUCCAAAAUGUAGCAACUACCAGGAAUAUGCCUAUUUUUUAACUCAUGACAUUAGCAUGAUGCGACUUGUAGAGACCUUCCUGGAGAACACUCCUCAACUCAUCCUUGUCUUAUAUGUUAUAAUACAGCGAGAAACUAUACAAACCUUUCAGUCUUUCAGCAUAAUAGUUUCAUUGUUCUGCAUUAGCUGGGCAAUACUGGACUACCACCAGUCCCUAAGACUGUUUCUUAAAGAUAAAGAAAAGCUGAACCUUUUAUCAUCAGGCAUUUACUUCCUGUGGAACUUUUGCCUAAUUUCAUCACGUAUCCUGUGUAUCACACUAUUUACUGUCACCUUUCAUUGGAUGAUUGCUCUGCAUUUUGUUGCGGUGUGCCUUGUAUUUUUUCUAUGGGCGUGCCUGCAGAAGACAAAUUUUAUGAAGAGUAAACGCCUGGAGCCUUUCUACAGAGCAACAGUAGCUGCGAUCCUCUACUUCUCGUGGUUUAACAUAGCUGAUGGGAGAACAGUCUACAGAUGUAUUGUCUACCAUAUGUUUAUUACCACAGAUUCUGUGUUACUUCUGUUGUCGUGGAAGUAUCUGAGGUUUCCAUCCUUCAUGGAUAAGUAUGAAAGUUACGUUAUUUGGACAGCUGUUUCACUUACUUUUCUAGGUCUAAUGACAAGGUUGUUUUAUUACUGGUGUGUGCACCCCAAUGUGACUAGAGAAACUAAAGAGUACUAUGAUGAACCUGAUGGUAUUGGGGAAGGAGCAUACAUGAUGUUUACACCAACAUUAAAGAAAAAGUCCUGGAAACAAAAUGAUCGAAUGGUCCACUUGGCGCAGCAAAUUUACUAGCAGUAUUUCUGUCAAAUGUAGAAUUGGAUUACAUUGAAACACACCAGCAUAUGACCUUUAACACCAAUAAAAAUGUGUUUGUAUAGAACAAACUAUGAACAGCUCAGACCCAAAUAAUAAAGCCCUGGACACGUAAAUGAACUUUGCAUAAAAAUAUUGCAAUGCCUAUGUUUUAUUUAGGCAAAUUGCAGUAAGGCGUUUAGUAUAUGCGUUUACUUUUUUGUGGCCAUUUCCACAUCAGCCUGGCUUUAGGAACCCCCACUGACUUCCUUCCCAGUUGUCUCGCUAAGACAAGGGGUCUUCCUCUUCCUUUUGGGUUCUCUUUUACAUUACGAAGAAUGAGAAGCUCCUACUACAGCAGGAAAUUUCAAUAAAGCACCCCAGCGGGGAAUUCCUGAAUUCUUCUAGCGUUCAUCUAUAACUAAAAUCCCAUUUUAGGUGGUCUAUUUAAUAGAUUGUAGUCAUGUUCUGUUAAGUUUAUAAUAAUAUUUGAAAUGCUUGACUGUCAGUAUUUUCUAUAAGUAAGACAAUGGGGUUUAUUUACUAAAGGCAAAUCCACUUUGCACUACAAGUGCAAACUGCACUUG